AUGGAUAAUUUUGAAAAAGAAAUAGAGGUCCUUCAAAAAGAAGAGAUAUCACCAGAAUAAUUAAUAAAUUUAUUGCUUUCAGACAAUUAUAAUGAGUAUCAAGUUGGAAUAGAAAAAUUUAGGCUGUAUUUGGAUUAAUAAUAUCCAAAUUUAGAUGAGUCAAUUGUAAAAUUUGUCAAGAAAUAAUUAAUUCCAAAAAUACUAUUUUAUUUAGACAAUUCAUUCUAUAGCAAUUAAUUGGAUGCACUUAAUUAGAUAAAUUUCAUUUAAGAAAUACUUAAGAAACAUCAUUUUGAAAAUUCUUUUAUAGAAAAUGGCCUUAUUUAUACUUUAAUAAGGUUAAUUUCUUUAAAUAACAAAAAAUAUGAUUUAGAAAUUAUAAAAUUAUUUGUUUUACUACUUCAUUCAAGUCACAAUAAAUAUAGACACAAUAUUUAAGUUUAAAUAAUAGUAUUUAUCGGCACUAAAAAAGUAAUGCAAAUGAUUGAAUAUCAAUCUCAUUAGGCUAUAAAAAUUAAAUAAAUUGCUCUUCUUUGCAAUAUAAAAGACUAAAAUUACUUUAAUUAGAAAAAGAUUUUUAUUGAUGAACUUUGUUAAAUUUUGCUAAAAGAAUCCAAUUAAUCAGGACAAUUCAUAACUGCUAUUGAAUUAAUAUCUGAUAUUGUUCAUUAUGAAAAAAUUAAACUAAUAAUAAUGGAAAAAAGGGUUUUGUAACCAAUUAUUGAUGCUAUUCCAAACUGGAUAAAAUAAUAUCGAUCAGUUUUAGAUAGUACUUUAAAAAUAUGUCUAGAAUUCAUUAUGUUUAAUAAAAUUACUAAAUAACUUGUUGUAACCUCAGGCUUGUUAAAUUAUUUAGGACUAUUAAUAUAAAGCUAGUUGUAUGGAGUAAGAUCUUGUUCAAUAAAAAUAGUUAAAUAUUUAUGUAAUGAUAAAUAUAUGGUUGAAAGAUUAUAUAUAAAUUCUGUAGUUUAAAUUCUAUUGAAAUAAUAUAUAUAAACAGCAAGAUCUUAUGAAAUUCUUGAAUUAUUAGAAAUAGUAUUAGAAUUUGGAAAAGAGAUGUUUUAUAAGUAUUGUAAAGAUAUUGCUUAAGAAUUCAUAUAAGCAUUUUUAAAAUCAUUUUUAACCUUUCAAGAAUUUGAGUUGUGUAGAAGUUAAUUAACUCUAAUUACAGUUUUCAAAAAUUAAAAUUUAUUCUAUGAUGAAAUUUAAUAAUAUUUUCAUGAAAACCAAAUAAUAUAGGAAAGAAUGAGAUCUUUAGGUACUUAGUUUUUUGAUUUCUAUAAAAUAAACAAGUAAAUAUAAUGA